AUGGCAGACCUCACCGUCAGCGGCUCUUUCGCACACCAGAAAUAUACCGGUUCAAACAGCGACAGGCGCAAAUCAAAAUCUCAAGGAGAGAGAGAAGACACCCGAAGGCGCACUUUUACCAGGUGGAUUAAUCAGCACUUGGAGACGUGUGACCCUCCUGUGAAGGUUCAUGACCUCUUCAAAGAUAUUCAAGAUGGCAAGAUUCUUAUGGCUCUUUUGGAAAAACUCUCAGGAUGUAAAAUGCUUUACAGAUUUAGAUCAUCCCCACAUCGCAUUUUUAGACUGAACAAUAUUGCCAAAGUCCUUAAUUUCUUGGAGGACAGAAAUGUCAGGCUUCUGAACAUAGAAGCCUCAGAUGUCGCUGAUGGCAAUCCAUCUGUUGUUCUUAGGCUCAUCUGGAAUAUUAUCGUUUUCUUCCAUAUUAAGAAGGUCACAGGAGGCCUCCAUAGAUACUUCUUCUACACUGCCAGCCUUAGCUCCUCAUCCACUGUCAGUGAUGUGUGCAACUGUUACUCUCCCAUUUCACCCUGUGAUGAGAUCUCCAACACACUGCCCUUAAAAAGGAGAAGAGCCCCUAGCACCAUCAAGUAUCGCGGAAGGGCCAUCAAGACCCUUCUGCUGUGGGUCCUAAAGCGUACCACAAAAUAUGGGGUUGACGUUUGGGACUUUGGUAAAAGUUGGAGGAGUGGGUUGGCCUUUCUGGCACUUAUCAAAUCAAUUGAACCCGACUUAGUGGACAUGAGGACAGCACUAUCCACCGAACCCAGAGACAAUGUAAAGCGGGCUUUCACGAUAGCCCAUGAAAACUUUGGGAUUCGUCCACUACUGGAUCCCGAAGAUAUAACUGUCAGUGCACCAGAUGAGCAGUCUAUCAUUAUCUACGUGGCACAGUUCCCUCAGCAUUUUCCUAAUCAGGAAGAGGAUGAAAUAUCAGAACCAUGCAGUCAUUACAGAAUCUUAGAAGAACUGAGAGACAACACAUUCAGUACCCCUUGUUACCCAGAAAUUGCGAGAAGAAGGAAAUGCUUUUCUGAGACUAGCCACGGAGAGUCUUUGAGGCUUAGCUCUACAUUCUGCAAAUGUCAAGAGCCAGAGUGCUGCACCCAUGUUCUAGAUUCCAGCUUGCAACAGCCUUCUAUCAGUUCACUACACAAACUUGUUGAUUUAAAAGAUGAGUCCAGAGUCAAAUCAAGUCCUAGGGAGAGCUUCAGUGAGCCAAAUGGUCACAGCUUCACUGGGAGGGAGUGUUGGAGCCCCUCAAACCAGGAGAACCUUUCUGUUGGGAUGGAGAUUGAUGAUGGCAUGUUUUCUGAGAGCUCAGAGGAGGGAAUUUAUACACUCUCAGCACUGGACUCUGAUGAGGAGGAUGCCUAUAAUUACAUCUUAGAGUUGGACCAAGAAGAGUCUGAGAAAAAUGAAAUGUCAAACGCAAGCUUUGAACCAGCAGCUAACUUAGGUUUAGGCACAGCCUUUGAAUCAGUUAUGCCACUGGACACAACCUUUAAGUCCCACAAUGGAGGUGAAUGGACAUUUGUUGGUGAUGAUGAUCUACAGAUGAAAUCAUGCACUGAGGCAGAGGACAUGAAAAUACACAGCAACGGACAGAAUAGACUUGAUACAGAGGAACUGAAGCUUCUGUCAUUCCUGUGGAUUCUCCUCUACUGUGUUCUCAUACUGCCUCAGAUGGAGCUCUGUUUAACUGGUUAA